UUCAAGAGACAGCUUCUUGGCACUAUGGCCACCCCUUACAGAAUUCACAUCACACCGACAAACACGGGAUUAUGGAACAUAAGACAGAGUGAAGAAGCCGCUCAAAUGGCGAGCGAGGCUUUGCAGAAGGAUCUGGAGAACCACCACGUAUUCUUGAACAAUGUCGGGUUUCAUGAUCAUAUGCCCCAUCAUCUGUUGGCUCUGUAUGGAACCGGCGCAGGUGUCGCCGACAUCCAAAAGGCAUAUGACCUGCGCCAUCCUCUGCAGCGCCCAGUUGUCCCCCAGCACCAAGACGCCGUGCAGGAUCUCAUCACCCAUUGGGCUCACGCCUCCGAGUAUCUAGGCGAAGAGGAGCAUUACCCAGACUUUCUCGCCUACUUUCAGCGAGCCAUCGAGCGCGAGGGGUAUGAGCCGGUGGUCAAGUCUCACCUCUUGAAAGGUGACGACUCGGCUAAUGACCUCCUUCUCCGCCUACACGCUGGUGUCGUCCAUCCCCUUAUCCAACUCAUGUAUGGCCUUGAGUGGGAACAGCCGGCCAUCGUCGCCCAGGCUCUUGCCCAGACUUGUGAAAAGGUCAGGGCGGAUCCUCAGCUGGCAGGCUCGGUGCGAAUGGAGGACAAGAGCAAGAUCAAAGAUGGCAUCAUCCAAAGGGCCAAGAAUGCAAUGCUCGCCAUUCUCGAGCAAGUACACGUGGAGCCCGAAGAACUGGACGAGAGGACGGCAGAGAUGUUCCACGACAUGAUUCUUGUCGCGUCGAGCACGGCGAUUCAUCCUCCUCACCACGUCAAAUACGACUUUUUCCUCAUGCAUCACGUCAACUCCUCUUUGAUCUACCUGACUUUCAACUCUCAGCCGUGGCUGUCUACUGCGAACAAGGUUCGCUUGUUGGAGUGGAAGAUUCGGCUGGAUCUUGUGCAGUAUGCCGCUCGGGUCUGUCCUGCUAUUUCAUUGAUAAGCAUCGAGUCUUACGUCCCCAAGCAGCCGUCCGAUGAAUCUGUUAGAGAAAUUGGCAUGAGGCUCUACGACUUUGGGGAUGACGGUCAUGCAAUUAAACAGGCACGGGCUACGGCUAUAUGCCACGAGUUGAUGAUGGAGUAUAAGGACAAGUCCUGGGCAGUCUUGAAGGAUGAGUCAAUUUGGAAUAAGAUUCAACACAUGGUGGUUGAUGCUGUCGAAGGGCCUGGCGUGUUAUACGUCCGUUCCACUGGCUUUGAUGAGGCCUGGAAGGUAAACGCCUCCAUGAGCUCUAGCCUAUGCAUAUAUUCUGACAGUAACGCAAGGAAGUCCCUGGUAAAGACUCGCCGAAGAGAUCUCCUGACCUUGUGCACGCUCUACAGACUGGAAGUGGUAGCUCACCAGAAGCUCUCAGACCAUAUUCUUAGUAGUGUCAACUGUUAA